UAGUAGAGUUAAACGAAGAAGAGGAAUGUCCUCUGUGUAGAGAUUUCAAACAUGGGCUCCAGAGUAACACGCCUGAUCAGAAACUUUAAUUUGGAGAAUCGCGCUCUCCGAGAAAUAAGCAAAGCAAAACCUCGAGCAGCACCACGACAUCCAACAUCAAGCAGUUUUCCACAAGAAGGAACUGAGGCAACCAGCAUUGCAGAGGAGAUUCACCAGAGGAAUGACCCACUGCUGUCGAUGCUUAAGGAUGUUUAUGUGGAGUCUAAAGAUCCAGUUCCUCAGGGGGAAACAGUCGCUGUGGUGAAGAAGGUCAAGCAGGAGACCCAGCGCAGGCUGCUAAAGUUCAGUCUACCGGGCGACCCGUAUGGUUUCUGUGAUGUCACUGAUGUUCCCAAAGGCAAACUGUCACUUGUGGAAGCUUUAACUGGACUGAACAAUCACAAACGCAUGCCUAAAAUAUGGACUCCAGAGAAGCUGGCGCAAGAGUUCUCUCUGGACCCAAAAGAUGCCAAAGCGCUGACAGAUUUCUUCUUUCCCUUUGACGUCAAAAUCAUUCCACCAAAAUCAGAGGAGACUAAGCAGAUUAAUGAUUCUUAGCACAUGUGAACACCGUUCCAUACAGACUUGAGCCAUCGCUGAAACAUGCACAAUGAAUAAUUGCCUCAAUACAACUGUUUUGACAUUUUGAUUGUAGUGUAUAUUAUUUGUUUUUGAAGGUCUAUUUAUUAAUUUGUCUUAUUUAAAGGGUUAAUUCACCCAGAAAUGAAAAUUCUGUCAUUAAUUGCUCACCCUCAUGUUGUUUUAAAUAAACAGAUUUAAUUUAGGCUUUUAUUCACAUAAACAUUGAUCAGCGAACAUAAACAAAAGCUCAACCGAACCUGCUUCACCUGCAAGAACAAAACUCAUGGAAGCUUAAAUGUGCUGCGUAACACGUAAAUGAACCUCAUUGGUUCUCGCACGCGUAAAGCAAACAUGCUUGAGCUUCCGUUUACCACAACUGAUGUGUGAGUUGAUGAAUGUUUAUAUGUGAAUAAAAGCCUAAAUUCAACCUGUUCAUCAUAUAAAGUGAUCAUGUUUCUUCAGAAAAUUUGGACUACACCUCUCAAUUCAUAUGGAUUAGUUUUAUGAUCUCUUUAUGAACUUUUUGAAGUGUCAAAGUGGUAGUCCUGUCUAUGGAGGGACAGAAAGCUCUUGGAUUUCAUCAAAAAGGUCUUCAUUUGUGUUCCAAAGAUGAACGAAAGUCUUACGGAUUUAGAACGACAUGAGGGUGAGCAAUUAAUGACAGAAUUUUCAUUUUUGGGUGAACUAACCCUUUAAGCAUGGCAUAUCCCAUUGUUUAUUUUAGUAAUGAGAUAAUUAAGAUAAAUUAAUGUAAACAUUUCUGGACUAAAAAUGAAAUCUUAUGUCAAUGAUAAUAUCAGCAUCAGAUCAAUACAUAUAUUUCUCAAUAAAUAUGAAGAGGUUGGUUCAGAAAUACUCUAUUAUGUUUGUGUGAACAUCAGCUUCAAGCGAUACAUCUGUCAGAUGUUAUAUUUAUUAUUAGACAAUAAAUCAGCUGCCCCUGCA